CUAAAGUGGUGAGGAAGGAUAAAGCAGGGUAGGUGUGGACAGGGGAUGAGAAAUCCAGCCCUGUCCCAAGGCUGCCCCGGAAUCUCUAUAUGUGGUCUGGUUGGAGCUCCUAUGACAUGCCAGUGGGUCAGGAAAUGGCUGUGUAGGAUUGGUGGAGAUUAUGCAAACAGUAGAGGCUCUUGCCAAGAACUUUCAGUGCCUGUUAGUCACGGGCUGAUUUAGUUUCAUUUUUGAACUAAAUUGCAUCUGGAGACGAGGUGUUUCUGGUGGUGCACAGCAAAGGCAGCUGUGAGAGGUGGCCCAAGGGUGAGGUGUGGGCAGCACAGGGACCUCAGCCCAUGGCCAUGGCACCUGAUGAAUUGGUUUUCUUUGUCAAUGGCAAAAAGGUGGUGGAGAAGAAUGCAGAUCCAGAGACAACACUGUUGUCUUACCUGAGAAGAAAACUGGGGUUAAGCGGGACCAAGCUUGGCUGUGGAGAAGGUGGCUGUGGGGCCUGCACGGUGAUGCUGUCCAAGUUUGAUCGGCUCCAGAACAAAAUUGUCCACUUUUCCGCCAAUGCCUGCCUGGCCCCCAUCUGCUCCCUGCAUCAUGUUGCUGUCACAACUGUGGAAGGAAUAGGAAGCACCAAGACCAGGCUGCACCCGGUACAGGAGAGAAUGUUCAAAAGUCAUGGCUCCCAGUGUGGCUUCUGCACCCCUGGCAUCGUCAUGAGCAUGUAUACUCUGCUCCGGAACAACCCUGAGCCCACAGUGGAGGAGAUUGAGAAUGCUUUCCAAGGGAACCUGUGUCGUUGUACAGGCUACAGACCCAUCCUUCAGGGCUUUAGGACGUUUGCCAGGGAUGGGGGAUGCUGUGGAGGAAAGGGAGAUAAUCCAAACUGCUGCAUGAAUCAGAAGGAAAGGAGCACGUUAAUUCUCUCACCAUCUUUGUUCAAUCCAGAGGAAUUCCUGCCAUUAGAUCCCACCCAGGAGCCUAUCUUCCCACCAGAAUUAAUGAGGUUGAAAGAUGAGCCCCAUAAGCAGCUGUGUUUCCAAGGGGAGCGUGUGAAAUGGAUCCAGACUGCGACCCUGAAGGAACUGUUGGAGCUGAAGGCCCAGCACCCAGACGCCAAGCUGGUGGUGGGGAACACUGAGAUAGGUAUCGAGAUGAAAUUUAAGAACAAGAUAUUCCCUCUAAUAGUCUGCCCAACUUGGAUCCCUGAGCUAAAUUUUGUGGAACGUGGCCCAGAGGGCAUCUCCUUCGGGGCAGCCUGCCCCCUCAGUGAUGUGGAGAAAGCCUUAGUGGCUGCCGUGGCUGAACUCCCGGCCUACCAGACUGAAGUGUUUAAAGGGGUCUUGGAGCAGCUGCGCUGGUUUGCUGGAAAGCAGGUCAAAUCUGUGGCGUCCAUUGGGGGAAACAUCAUCAAUGCCAGCCCAAUUUCUGACCUCAACCCCGUAUUCAUGGCCAGUGGAGCCAAACUAACUCUGGUAUCCAAAGGGACCAAGAGGACUGUUCGGAUGGACUACAUGUUUUUUCCUGGCUACAGAAAGACACUCCUAAGUCCUGAGGAGAUAUUGCUUUCCAUUGAGAUUCCCUACAGUAGGAAGGGGGAAUAUUUCUCAGCCUUCAAACAAGCCUCCAGAAGGGAGGACGACAUCGCUAAAGUGACCUGUGGAAUGAGGGUCUUAUUUAAACCAGAAAGCCACCAAAUCCAGGAGCUGGAUAUCAGUUUUGGAGGCAUGGCCGACAGAACUAUCCCAGCCCUGAAGACCACCAGGAAGCAGCAGGGGAGAGCCUGGAAUGAGGAGCUGCUUCAGGAGGUCUGUGCCAGCCUCGCCGAGGAGCUGAGCUUGGAGCCGGAUGCCCCCGGUGGCAUGAUAGAGUUCCGACGUACGCUCACCCUCAGCUUCUUCUUUAAGUUCUACUUGACGGUGCUUCAGAAACUGAACAAAGAUAGUACACAUAAAUGCGAUAAACUGGAUCCAACCUAUAUCUGUGCCACUACACUCUUUCAAAAAGAGCCCCCCACCAAUGUCCAGCUCUUCCAAGAAGUUCCCAAGGGACAGGCUGAAGAUGACAUGGUGGGCCGGCCCAUCCCCCACCUUUCCGCUGCCAUGCAGGCCUCAGGGGAGGCCGUGUACUGUGAUGACAUCCCCCUCUAUUCCAACGAACUCUGCCUUCGACUAGUCACCAGCACCAAGGCUCAUGCCAAAAUCAAGUCCAUAGAUGCUUCAGAAGCUCAGAAAGUGCCUGGCUUUGUUUGUUUCCUCUCAGCUGAUGAUAUUCCUGGGAGUAAUGAAACUGGACUAUUUAAUGAUGAAACUGUCUUUGCUAAACAUAAGGUGACUUGUGUGGGACACAUCAUUGGAGCUGUGGUCACAGACACCCCAGAACAUGCACAGAGGGCAGCUCAAGCCAUGAAAAUUACCUAUGAGGAACUUCCAGCCAUUAUCACAAUUGAGGAUGCAAUAAAAAACAAUUCCUUCUAUGGUUCAGAACUCAAGAUUGAGAAAGGAGACCUCAAAAAAGGGUUUGCUGAAGCUGAUAAUGUUGUUUCAGGGGAGCUGUAUAUCGGUGGGCAGGAACACUUCUACUUAGAGACUCAUUGCACCAUUGCUGUCCCGAAGGGUGAAGCAGGAGAGAUGGAGCUCUUUGUGUCCACCCAGAACACAAUGAAGACUCAGAGUUUUGUGGCCAAAGUCUUGGGGGUCCCAGCAAAUCGCAUUGUGGUUCGAGUGAAGAGAAUGGGAGGAGGCUUUGGAGGAAAGGAGACCCGGAGCACCGUACUGUCUACAGCAGUGGCUUUGGCUGCAUUCAAGACUGGCCGCCCUGUACGUUGCAUGCUGGAUCGGGAUGAAGACAUGUUGAUAACUGGUGGGAGACACCCAUUUUUGGCCAGAUAUAAGGUUGGCUUCAUGAAGACUGGAAAGAUUGUGGCCCUCGAAGUUGAACACUACAGCAAUGCAGGAAAUACUUUAGACCUCUCUGGGAGUAUCAUGGAGAGGGCUUUAUUUCAUAUGGACAACUGCUAUAAGAUCCCCAACAUCCGGGGUACCGGCCGACUCUGCAAGACCAACCUGCCUUCCAACACAGCCUUCAGGGGUUUUGGGGGGCCCCAGGGGAUGUUCAUUGCUGAGUACUGGAUGAGUGAAGUUGCCCUGACCUGUAGACUUCCAGCAGAGGAAGUUCGAAGACUGAACAUGUACAAGGAAGGAGACCUGACUCAUUUUAACCAGAGGCUGGAGGGCUUCACUUUGCCCAGGUGCUGGGAUGAAUGCCUGGAAAGCUCACAGUAUCAUACCAGGAAGAGGGAGAUCGAGAAGUUUAACAAGGAGAAUUGUUGGAAGAAGAAAGGUUUGUGUAUAAUUCCUACCAAGUUUGGAAUCAGCUUCACAGCUGCCUUUCUGAAUCAGGCUGGAGCUCUGAUACACGUAUACACAGAUGGUUCAGUUCUUCUUACACAUGGUGGUACUGAGAUGGGCCAAGGCCUUCACACCAAGAUGACCCAAGUGGCCAGCAAAGCUUUGAAGAUCCCCAUUUCCAAGAUUUACAUCAGCGAAACAAGCACCACUACAGUGCCCAACACCUCUCCCACAGCUGCCUCCGUCAGCGCUGACAUCAAUGGACGGGCUGUCUAUGAAGCUUGUAAAACCAUCUUACAAAGGUUGGAACCCUUCAAAAAUAAAAACCCCAAUGGUUCCUGGGAAGACUGGGUCAAUGCUGCCUACCUGGCAUCAGUGAGUUUGUCUGCUACAGGAUUUUAUAGAACACCCAACUUGGGCUACAGUUUUGAAACCAAUUCUGGAAAUCCCUUCCACUACUUCUCCUAUGGUGUAGCUUGCUCUGAGGUUGAAAUCGACUGCUUAACAGGUGAUCAUAAGAACAUCCGCACAGACAUUGUCAUGGAUGUUGGCUCCAGCCUGAAUCCAGCUAUAGAUAUUGGACAGGUAGAAGGGGCAUUUGUCCAAGGCCUCGGCCUCUUUACCCUGGAGGAGCUGCAUUACUCUCCUGAGGGAAGCCUGCAUACUCGGGGACCUAGCACCUAUAAGAUCCCUGCCUUUGGCAACAUUCCUAUUGAAUUUAGGGUAUCUCUUCUCCGGGAUUGUCCUAACAAAAAAGCCAUCUAUAGCUCUAAGGCUGUUGGAGAGCCUCCCCUCUUCCUGGCCUCCUCCAUCUUCUUUGCCAUCAAGGAUGCUAUCUCUGCAGCCCGUGUUCAGCAUGCAGAUUAUAAGAUGAAGGAGCUUUUCCAGCUGGACAGCCCUGCCACCCCAGAGAAGAUCCGCAAUGCCUGUGUGGAUAAGUUCACCACUCUGUGUGUUACAGAAGUGCCAGCAAAUUGCAAGCCAUGGUCUAUGAGAGUCUGAGAAGAAAGUCCACAGGACCAGUUCCCUGUUGAGCAGGAGGUGCCUCCAAGAGAAAAGGAAAACAUCUAUCAAAGGACCCAAGAUUCUAAAUGCACAACAUAAAAAGUGUCUGCAUCAUCACACCUUCUCUGGAUUAAGGAAAUUGAAUAUUUAGAAAUAUUUUGGUCUACUAUAUGAUUUACAGCAGAUGUAAUGAGAAAAUUCAGAACUUUAAGGUCUCAAUAGUAGUAAUGGAAUAGUUACUCCGUAGUAAUCCUUAGCUUUCUGUACCAAAAACAAACAAACAAAAAAAACCACUACAAAUCUAGUGCUGUUGUUUAGAAUAUCAUCAAGCCAAAAUCAAAAUAUCUCUAGACAACCUCACAGGUUGGAGUCUGCCUCCUUGGGAUUCUUCCAGCCAAGACUUAACAACCUCCAGAAGCUUAGAGCAAAGUUCUUUGGAAUCCAUUUACCUUCCUUUAAGGGAUACUCCUUACAAACACCAGAACUUAAAAUUCUUGUAGAUUAUACUUUGUUUAAGGGUAAUUAAGAAUAGUUGUUCUAAAUUCUUCAAGAGAAAAAAAAGACACUCUCAGCCUUUUGUUUGCUGAUAAAAAAAAAGAAAAAAACUUCAUGUUGAUUUAUUUUGUAUAGCUUACAUGGAUCAAGAAAGGAAGCAUGGUAAAGUUGACAAAGUGCUAGACUUGGAGGUGGGAAAACAAUUUUAAAUCCUGCCUCUAACUCUUACUAGCUGUGGGCCCCUGGCCAGAUCAUUUAAUGUCUGAGUACCUCAGGUAACUCCUUAGGCCUUGUUUACUAAGUUAUAGAUGGGUUAGUAGAGAAAGCUCUUAAACCUAACUGAGAAAAUCAUAGAUGCUUUGCAUAAAGCAAAGAUGACUCAUAUCACCCAACAAACCAACAAGCAAAUCUUUAUUGAAUCCUUAUUAGGUCCUACCAAAAUGAAAAGGCAAUGGAGUAGGGGCCCAUGCAGGGAGGGACUGUAUGUAACCUGAGGAAUAGCCUGGCUGUGUUCCAAGAGGUUCCUCCUAAGGCUGGCCAAAGGAUAAUGCAUUUCUCAGCCACAGCACCUCCCAAAGAUUUGCCACUAAGUUGUAGAGGGUAUGUGACCUGUGUUGGUGAAGUGAGUAACUAACUACACAGAUCUUGUAAUAUCCUCAAAGUAACCUUAGUAUCAAUAACCUUACUAAUUAGCUGUUAGUUUUCAGUUUGGCCUCUUUCAAAAUAGGAAAUGUUCAGUGGAUUUGGAAACCUCUGGGUUAUAUUUAUUAGUGUUGAGAAAGGCACAAAUUAGGCAUUGUGAUGACCGAGGGCCAAAACUAAAGCUUAUAGCUCUCAAUUUAAUGGUCCAGAGUGAGGAUAUAGGAAGGGCAUCUUGCCCAAGAUUUUUCCAGGAGUGAUGGCAGAGAGCAAAGUCCUGCCCCGGAUUUUGAACGUGGAACUUCACUGCCUUGGUUUGCUUAGGCAGAAAGGGAGAAGAAGUAGCAGGGCUCCUUGUGGAGGAGUGGUCAGUGACAAUAUUGACUAAUGAGACCCGGUCUUCAUAUUUAUAGUGGGAGUAAGGCCGUGGGUAUAAGUUUUGGCCUUUGUGUAAAUGUCACGUGCUAUAUAAAUGAAAGACGUUAUCAUUGUUAUGGAAAUAAUUUAAUGGAGCUUUUUCCAAUGAAUCCAUAUUAGGUCACCCCAAACUGACUUCUUUGGGAGCAGGGACAGUUUCAUUUUUAUUUUGUAUCCCUAGCAUUGAGCACAGUUCCUGACACAUAGUAGGCUCUUAAUAAAUGCUUGUUGAUUCAUAGGGAGCAAGAAGAGACAGAAGAAAGCUGCAGAAUCCCAUAGUUGGAAGGAACGUCAGAGACUGUAUAAUCCAACUCAUAUUUGAAUAGGAGUACUCUCUACAACAUUCCCAAGUAAUCAUCAAAGUGUUUCCACUCAAAUAUUUUCAGUGAAAAGAACCUGUUACCUCUCAGGGCAGCCAAUCUCACUUUUGGACAGCAGUCACUGUGGGAAGUUCUUCUUUACAUUGAGCUUAAACCUGUCCCUCUGAAACUUUCAUUCAUUGCUCCUAGCUCUGCUCUGUGGGGAUCAAACAGAAUGCAUCUAGUCCCUCUUCCAUGUUACAGUUUUUCCAAAAUGCAUAGGACCCUGGUUCUUAUCUUGGCUCUUUGACUAGCUACUUGCCUAACCUCAGGCAAUCCAUUUUAUUGCCUCUCUCUGGAUCUCAGUUUCCUCAUAUGUAAAGUGAGCUGGGUGGAUGAGCUCUAAAAUCCUUUUCUGGAUGUAAAAAUUCUCUCAUUCUGUUACCUCCAAAUGAAACAAUAUCAGAGAUUUGCUAUACUCAUAGAAAUGGAUCAUUUAUUAUUCUGGACUAAUAAGGUGUGAAGACAUCUCUCUGCUUCCUGUUCCCUAAUGUUCCCCUCAUCCAUGGGGCAGAUAAAGACAGCAAGGGAGAACACAUUCUCAACUCUGGCAGCUAUGAGAUAAAGAAUAAUACCAUUUCCUUCAGCUCCUAGUUUCGAUAAAAGGUGUUUCCCCUCUGACUAGCCAAUCAUUAUUAAGCUUGUUCACACACAGCCUGUUUGUGGGAGGGAAGUUCCUGAGAGGCAGCUUGGCUGAUUAGAAUGUUUAACAUGAGAAAUAAAUGAAGCUAUUAGCUGUUCCAGAGAAGGCAUGUCAGAAGGGUCAGACCUACCAUUGGCACAUAAGUGCUAAUAAAUCAUCAUACUUACUCUUACUGAUAAUGAAGGUGCUGAUAGGGCUAUAAUCUGCUUUCUUUUCUGCAACAUAGAAAAAAAAACAUUUAUUAAGUGCUUACUGUUUGCACAGCACUAGUAUACAAAUAGCAAACUAACAGAGACCUUGGCUGUCAAAGAGCUUAAGGUGCAGCAGCAAAGCAGCUGGUAAUACAUUGUCUUUAAUGAUAUUUUUGAUGAUAAAAUCCCAGUACCUCUCAUAAAAUUUUCUUCUUUUGGAGUAUUGGAUAAAUUCUGGCUUAUUUACAGUGUGUUUAAGGCUGGAGAUCAUCAAAAUUUGUAUUCAAUUUUACUUGGAGAUCCACAUGGAAAAGUUACUGCCUUGGGGGUAAUUUUUUUAGAAGAUUGCAAGUUAAAAUUCUUGACCCCCAAACAAGCAGUGGCUUAGACUUCUCCUUAUUUGAGUUAUGGUUUAGGAUGAUGACUGAACAGAUCCUUCAUUGUAAGGGUGAUACAAAGAUAGAAAGAAGGAUAUUUUUCAAUUGGAGUUUAAAGGGCAUUUAACAGGCUAGGGAGUUUGCUUACCACAGGGCUGGGACAAUGUGAUCUUGCAAUAGGAAAUGAAGGGGGCAUGCCUUCACAAAGGGUUUUUGUUUUGUUUUAUUUUGUUUGCUUAAAUUAAAUUUAAUCAUGCCUUUCACUAUCAUUUCAUAUAGGCUGGGUAAAUAAGUCCAGGGUGAGGUACAACAUCUUAGCCUCUGAGGUAAUUGCCUAUCCUUGAUCUAUGAUAUUAGGAUCACAAGGUUUUGAGGCAGAAAUAUUUCAGAAAUGAACUUCACUUUGACUUCUCCACAUUUGUGCUCAGCCCUGUUCACGCCUUUCAUUUCUCAAUCUAAUCAGAGCUGAACAUGAUUUUCAUUCAUACUGACAAGGAGAGAUAAUAUGUGCCCAACUUGUUGGUUGAUUUGAUUAAUUCAGAUAAAAUAUAUGUAUUUUUUUCCUUUUGGUAGGAAAGAUGAUUUAAUAUAAUAGUUUCUAAUCAUUUCAUAUUGUUACUACCUAGAAAAAUUCUAUGUCUUUGGGCACAUUAAUAAAAAUUAAAAUGCUCAUUUAUUAAUUUUGUGCUGUUAGUUUAAAAAAAAUCAUUUCUUACUGAAGCAAGAAGUUCUGCCACCUGUUUCUCCCCUCACCUGACCCCCCCCACCCUGUUUUAAUGAGGGAGUAGGAGGGAUUGUGUAACCUAAUGCCCCUCUGUUCAAAAUGGGGUUUACGUGUUGAUGAUGGGGGGAGUCUCCCACAUGCAGUAGGCAGAAUCAGACAUCACAGUUGUACUAGCUCUACUAAAGAAAGAAUUGGGUUGAUUAUUCAACAACUAAACCUGCUGGCUAGAACUUAAAUAAAAUGUGAGUUCUA